AUGUGUAAGCGUCUUGCCCAGUUUGGCUUCAAGAACGACCAGAUCACCAAUACGAUCGAGCCCGGAGAGUGGACCAUCAGUGAGGACGACAAGGAUGCCAAAGCCAAAGCCAGGGAGAAAGAGGCGAGAAUAAUCAUCGUAGAAGAUCGAGCCAAGUGCGAACAACAGGAACGCGAGGCAAAGGCAGUUCAACAGGCAGCAGUAGACGCCUGUAACAAGAAGAAGGCCCAGGAAGAGAAGGAUGUUGCAGAAGAGCGCGAUCGCAUCGUUUACGAAUAUGAACGAAGACACUUCUCGAUGCCGAAAAGGCCAGGAGGGCAAAACCCGGUUAAGAUCAAAACGCAGAGACGGAUGCUGCAGAAGAGCGCGAACGCAAUAUCCAUGAAUAUGAACAAGGGGAGCAUGAGAGAAUCCUUGCUGAGGCAGAACAAGAACAGAGAGAGGCUGAUGCGAUGCGUAGACGCCUUAUCGAGGAGGAAAAAGCGAAGUUUGAGAGGGAGGCUCGUAAAGAAAGAUCAGACCCAGGCUAUAGUCUAUCCUGAACAACAAAAGAAGCUGGAACAGCAGGUCGGCGUAACACCUCACAACCCCCUCUGGAUGGCCCCACAACCUACAUAUGCGAGAAUUCACAAGCAGUACCUCGAUAUCGAAGCCCUCCAUUAUUACGACAUCUCGUAUCACUACGUGGCUGAUCCCAACUACAUCGUCGUUCUGCGAGAAAUGAGUCAGAAAGAGACGGAAAUUCUAUUUGAGCACACUCGUCGCCUUCGCAGCAACCAUGGGAAUCGCUUGUUUAUCGAGGCAGACGGCCGUGAUCGCCGUGGGAAGAAGGAGUAUGCAUUCGUGCGCAGGAGGAGGUUCGGAUCCAGGUCCCGCAGCGACAUCGCCAGGCCGGCUAGAACCGUAACCCUUGGAAAUAUGUUCUUCGGAGUGAAGAGGGUGAGAAAGCAGACGAUGAGAGCUCAACUGCUGCGGUAA